AAACAUUAGAAAAUGGAAGAUAGUGAAGUACGUUGGAGAAGGAAGGGAUAUUUGUCAGUCACACUCCUCAAUUUCUAAUUCCAGCGCUCUCUCUCUCUCUCUCUCUGUCCUUCGUUCUUCUCCACACUCUUCACACAGCACAUGUUACUAACUUCUUAACACACUGACACAAACACCAGUCUCAGGUGCUCUUCACUCAUCUCAUAUCAUCAUUCUCAACACACGCAAACCAACAGUUUCAAUGCAGGAAAUACAUUCCAUCGGAGGACCCACCUUUUUCGCCGCACCCGGAGACAGAAGGCUAAGACCCCACCACCACAACCACAACCACAACCACAACCACCAAGCCUUGAAGUGUCCACGCUGCGACUCUCUCAACACUAAGUUCUGUUACUACAACAACUACAACCUCUCCCAACCCCGCCACUUCUGCAAAAACUGCCGCCGCUAUUGGACCAAAGGCGGCGUCCUCCGCAACGUCCCCGUCGGCGGAGGUUGCCGUAAAUCCAAACGGGCAAACAAGAUCUCCAAAAAUUUAACCUCCUCCGAUACCCCCGCCGCGACGACCACCGCGCCGCCGGCCGAGCCGGAGCUCAAGUCCAACUCUCAUUCAAGCAGCGAGAGUUCAAGCCUCACCGCCGCGCCCACCGCGACGGAGGCGGUGUCGGCGCCGUCAACGUUGAAGACUGAUUCCAACAAUAGCAUUCAAGAGUCGAAGUUGUUGAUCCCUGUGGAGCCUGUUUUGGAACAGGGUUCUCUGGAACAAGGAACAGGGGACUGUGGUGGGAUUUUCUCCGAGAUUGGAACCUUUACGAGCUUGAUCACUUCUGCUAACGAGGCAUUGGCGUUUGGGUUCGGUAACGGUGUUCCUGAUGCGUCAUCGUUUCAGUGGCAGCAGCAGAAGGUGAUGAGCAUCAGUGGGGAGCCUCAUCCACAUGAAGAGGAUUUGAAGUUGCCGGAGAGUCUCGCUGGUGGCUCUUUGCUUGAUCAUAGCGUUGAUUUGUCGGGGUUGCACGGUAAGAGCGCUCACGGAGGAUUUGGAUCGCUGGAUUGGAACGGCGGUGCAGAUCAAGGGGAACUGAGUCGGAGUGAGUAUAUUACAAGACUCUAUGUGUACAACUCUGGCGAUGAUGUUAAUGUUCAUUCUUUGAUAUUCUGCCAACAUAUUUGCCACGAUCUUUGCCCUUUAUAUUAGUUACGUACCAUUGCUCCUGCUUCUUUAGAUGGAUGUAUCUGUGCUCUCCUUAAUACCAAUCAAGGAAUGUUUUUACUCCACUGGAGUGCCAUCAUUUGGACUUGGACGAGGUUUUUAUCUACUCCGGCCUCAACUGCAAAUCCAUAUUCAGCAGAAUCAUCAAAGUCAAAUGUUAUUAAUGCUCUAGUUGCUUCACCCUGUUGAGUAUAUAUGCCUAUGGUGUUGUAUGGACUCUUACAAUAUAUGCGUAUUCUAAGUUAGGAACUAGAGUUUUUAAGUACUGCCCAUCAAUUGUGGUAUGAAGACAUGGAUUUUAUACGAUGUGUAUCAAGUGAAGGUAUUCAGAGAAUUUGUAAGCAUAUUUACUUCUGGCAGGGCACAUGCUGAUAUACAUCGAUUUCAAUUUCAUGGAUUACU